UGUACCUACAUGUAGUAGUUACCUAAGUUACAUACAUACAUUGUACUAAUGUAAUCAGCCGCUGAUCUACAACUUUAGUUCGUUCUCAUUUGAAGUUCCUUUCUGCAUACAUUUUGAUGUACCUAUCCAUAACUACCCUACUAUUAAUUUACAUACUACAUAGUAACCAUCUACCUAAUACAUAUACUCCCAUUCUCCUAUGGAUUGCUUGUUUGUUCGACACGAGACCUUACCGCAUUUGCAAUGUGGCUCUCUUCGAAGAAAAGGCCCAGUGUGAUCCUUUCCCCUUUGCAUUUGCUGCUUUUCGUUAGCUAUGCAUUGGGCCAAGGCCAGAGACAAGGUCAAGGUCAAGGUCAAGCCCAGGCCGACCCAAGUCCUUUAACAACAACGACCGACGAUACUAUAAAAUCACCGUCCAGUAUACCCUCCGUCGAACCCACCUGCGAAUUUAGAACCAUCAACUACAUCACCCACACAUUACCUCAACAGUGCCUCACCUCUGCUCCCACGACUUUCUCGACUCCAGAGUCUAUUAGCGUUACCAUCACCUCUUCCUCCACCGUUGCCGACUCUACCCCUAGUAGCCCUAGUAGUACCGACGGUAUCAAAGAUAGCGGCAGUAGUGAUAGAAGCAGCAGCAGCAGCGGUAGCGGUAGCGGCAGCGAUAGCAAUAGCAAUGGCAAUGGCAAUAUCGAAAACAAUGAUCUCGACGCCGACGGAAAUGACCUCAGCACAGGCGCUUUCAUGUCCUUCGAGGAAUGGAAGCGCAUGAUGCUUGCCAAGUCCGGCCAAGACGAGUUAGAGCCUAGAAACCGGAGGACCAAGGAUGCGCGAGGCGAUCCAUACCCCGCCGACGACUUUGACAGCUUCGGCGACGAAGGCGAAGUGUCGCUCGACUUUGACGCAUACUCCGAUAGGAUUUCCGAGAUCGCAUCGUCCACGAAACCAUCGCAGAAAGAGAAGGGGAAAGAAGGACAGGUAGAAAAGGUAACCUAUGACGAGGGAUUAGCUCAGGGUUACCGUAGUAAGGAUGCUGGAACCACGUGCAAAGAGAGAUUUUCGUAUGCCUCGUUUGACGCUGGCGCAACCGUCAAGAAAGCUAGCCCUGGUGCCAAGAACCCCAAGGCUAUCCUCGUCGAGAACAAGGACUCGUAUAUGCUCCUUGAGUGCUCUAUGCAAAACAAGUUCGUCGUCGUCGAACUGAGCGACGAUAUUCUUGUCGAUACUGUCGUGCUAGCCAAUUUCGAGUUCUUCUCCAGCAUGAUACGCCACUUCCGGGUAAGUGUAAGCGAUCGCUAUCCCGUCAAGUUAGAAAAAUGGAAAAUAUUAGGCACCUUCCAGGCCCGCAAUUCCAGAGAUAUCCAGCCCUUUCUUGUCCAGAACCCCCAAAUAUGGGCUAGGUAUAUACGGAUUGAGAUCCUGAGCCACUAUGGAAAUGAAUAUUAUUGCCCCAUGUCCUUGUUACGAGUACACGGCACCCGUAUGCUCGACUCGUGGAAAGAAGCCGAUCCUGCCGACCUGGAAAAUGAAGACGAAUCUAGCAAGACUGCCCCUGAAUUUCCCGAAGAAACGGAAACAGUAGAAGUAGUCGAGGACCAUCCGCCUGAGGAGGUGGUCGUUGCUGCUGAGUCUCCCCGGAUUGAGAAUCAAACGGCAGCUGUCUUGGAACAGAGCGAAUGGGUACCUUUCUGGAAAGAAUCAUAUUUCCGCCACAGUUACCCCUUUGACUUGACCUGCGGAACGAUGGAAGCAGCUGAAGCUACAUCACAGCCUAGCCAAGAACGCAGCCAAAAUACAGCAGUACCCAACUCCCAGCCUAUGGGGACCUUCGAGCAGACAAACUCGGCCAACUCGAGUACAUCUUCAUCGGGGGCUACAACGACGCCGUCGUCAACCAGUCAGAUAACUACAGAGACAGCCAGGCCUGCUUCUUCUACUGCGUCUAGUGACACCUCACCCACCACGGCUAUCGCCAAUUCAACAGAGUCCGACUCCAUUGUGACGCCCUCUCCAGAUUCCGUAUCUGUUGCUGGAGCCUCAUCAACAACUACCACAACCGUAUCCUCCCCCAGCGUGCAGACGUCUUCCAAGGGAAAGACCACUGCCUCCACAUCUCUUAAACCACCCUCUUCAAGGUCUUCAGUCAUCUCCAAGAACCAGCCCUCGGGCUCUCCCACGACGCCCCGCAACAACAAGACAUCAUCCACAACCUCCUCAGCCGCCUCGGGUCCCACGGUGCAAGAAUCCUUCUUCAAGAGUAUAACCAAACGCAUCCAGGCGCUCGAGUCCAACACCACCCUGUCUCUGCAAUACAUCGAGUCGCAGUCCAAGUUCCUCCAGGAAGCUCUGGCCAGGCUCGAGAGGCGGCAGGUAGCCAAGGUGGACCUGUUCCUCGAUACACUUAACAAGACGGUGCUCGGCGAGCUGCGCGAGGUACGCACGCAGUACGACCAGAUCUGGCAGUCGACCAUCAUCGCCCUCGAGACGCAGCGCGAGCAGUCGGAGCGCGAGAUCGUCGCCCUGAGCUCCCGCCUCGGCGUCCUCGCCGACGAGGUCAUCUUCCAGAAACGCAUGGCCAUCUUCCAGUCCCUGCUCCUCCUCGGCUGCCUCAUCCUCGUCAUCUUCUCCCGCGGCAGCGGCCCAGGUGGCGUCGGCGGUGGCGUCGGCAUGGGCAUGGGCUUCACCGAGUCCGCCUACUACCCCUCCCAGUUCUUCAACGGCCUCGCGUCGCCCAUCUUCCCCUCCACCCCAAGAGCCGCCUCCAUGAAAGGCCCCCGCCACCGUGACGCCAGCAACCCCCUCCUCUCCGUCGAGGACGCCGACGCUAGCCCCAUCCGCGGCGACACCCCGCCGCAACAGCAGCAGCAUCAAGCCCACCUGCGCCGAAACCUUGACCUCGAGCAGACCCCCAAUUCCCCCUCCUCCACCCCCUCCUCCCUCCGCCACCGACCUCGCCGCUCCUCCCGGGACCGGGACGACGACGAACCCGAUGACGUAGACGGCCACCGUCGUCCAUCGCCCAGCAGGGCCUCAACCGAGCCCCCCUCCGCCAACGCCGUAGACUACUACCACGCCCCGACACCGUCAAGCGUCGACAUAGGCUAUGAUUCUGAACCCGCUUUGACGCCUAUCUUGCGUAGGAACGGUGGCACCGACGGACACGGAAACGAAAACGGUAAUGGCGAGAGAGAGGGGGGCUACUACGCCGAUGACAGCGAAGGGUCACGUCAGAAUGGCGCAUCCAGUUACCUGGACUUGCUAGAUAGGCGGUCGGAGAGACAACUGACGCCAUCGUUAGAGACUGUCGAUCCGGAACACAUGUCUUUGUCGAGUAGGCCGGCUUUGCCGCAUAUGACAUCCGCGCGGAAGCCCCUACCUGCUUUGCCAGAAGAUCCAGAUUAACGUAUGUAAUGUUCUUAGGCUCCAGCCUAUUAGUUAUGAAUUAUGAAGUCAUGUUUCAAAGUCAAAGUGCCUACAAGUGAUUCGAUAAUUUGUU